AUGUUGACGGGUGCGCAGCCGCAGCCGCUAAUCGCGAACCGUACUCCAGUCGUGCGUCGUCAGAGACCGGGACGUGGUGUCAGCGCUCGCAAACGCUCUCGUGAUGCGGUUACGUUCUUUGAAAUCGCAAACGGCUCGCCUACGGCCGACAAGGUCUCGUCGCAUGAGUGUCCAGUCGAGCUAGUUACAGACGUUUGCGGGAAUAGUGCAGCGUCUGAGGUACCUCAUGAGUACGUGGUACGCAUCCAAGGCCUUCGUGCGCUGGAGCAACAGCAACAGAAGCUGUGGAUGCUUGUGCAAGCGCUAGAAAAUAGUCUGGUAAAACUUCACUGUCGUGUUCGCGACGUAGAGGGGUCUCUGGCACAGAUAUGCUCCAGCCUAUCGCCGAACAGUGCUUCUGAGACGGCGACAGGCACGAGCAAGGCGACGGACCAGAGCGACAGCGGCAGCGCGACCACGCUCAGCGCUGAGCCCACACAGCAGUCCGUUGCGCUGCAGACAUCUGAGGAGCAUGCGUCGACAGUGCCCGAGUCUCCUUCAGGUUGCUCUCCGAGACGGUUCGGAGAAGUAACCCAGCAGCAAAGAGCAAAUGACUCAGCAGGAGCUGGCGCGAUGUGCAACACUCCGCCCGCGCAACGCAUUUACGACACACACCAUGGUACCAGACGCUUUCGCUUGGUGUGGAGUCGAAAGAACUGGCAAUGUUCGUGGAUCCGGUUUUGGGGACCAGUGACGAUCCACACGUUCGCAAGCAGCAACGAAAGUGCCAUUUGCAGUCAGCUUCUGUUUCCGGAGGCGCUAAAAGCCCCGCAAUUCCUUUGCGUUUGCGGUUUUUACCGUGAAAGCAAUCGCUUCUGGAUACGGACCACAGAUGGAAUCGAAGGCUUCUGGGCCAAUGUGGAGCCGUCCCCAAACGGCGGUUUCCAAGACCCGCUUGGAAAGCUGAUGCUGGCGGAGCGCGCUGAAACCGGUCAUUGGCUGCAUACGCGAGUCCUGCAAAUGGAUGACGACUGCCAAGUCGUGUUCUACGCAACUAUUCGACGGGUCUGGGGACAUCCGAUCGAUACCGUACAACUGGAAUACGAUGAUGGGCGUUGCAGUCCGCCGCUUGCCAUCUCAGCGAUUCGAUUCCAAUGCGUAGCGGCGGAGCGCUUGCCCAAGCGCGAAACACUUCAACGGGCGGCAUUCGAGGAGGAGCCAUAUCCAUGGAAUCAGUCGCGAGCUGGAGUACUGGAUCGGACGCAAGCGCUCGUUGUGCAGCCGACACCAACCAAAACUCAACGGCCUUGGGCGGAGGACACUCGGAUACCGCGCGACUAG